AUGACAGAAGCUGACGGGAGUCCUAAAUGUGAAGCAGGGUCAGGCUCCGAGGCGGACCCAGACAUCGCUUGGCCGAAAAUCCCUGGCAUCGUGAGAGCAUUCCUUCGCGGUGACCUAUCCCGGAUUGACCCGCAUUUGCCGGAGUGGCUGGAUGUCUUGUCGAGUGUCGGAGCAGGCGAAUGCUGGCACAAAAACUUCAAAUCGCACCUGUACGAAGUGUACAAGAUCUGCAAGAUCUGGGGCCAGGACGACGACGUGUGCAAGUGCGCAUUGUUUCACUCAGCCUACAGCAACAGCUACGUCAACCUAGCCAUAUUCAAGGAGUCCACGGAUCGAACCCGAUUGAGGGAGCUCGUUGGGCACUCCGCGGAGGAUCUCAUCCAUACCUUUUGUGUCGUACCGCGCCACAACCUCGUGUACGACGAUCUACUCGCGAGGGCGCCGUCAGCGGAAGACCUUGCGGCGCUGGGCGUCGGUGGCGCUGGCGGCGACGACGGCGCUGCGGCGGCAGCUGCGCCGCCGUCGUUGCGGCGGUUAGUCCCACCAGAGGGCAUCACUGUCCGGCACAUUAAAACUGGCGAACCGUUGACAGUUGACCGUUUGACGGUUGCCCGAUUCCUUGUGAUGACAAUGGCGGACUUCUGCGAGCAGUUGUUUUCCUGGCAGGACUCCAUGUUCGAGAACCACAACGGGCGGCUGCUUUACGCGGGAACGAACCACGGGUCGCUCUGGCCCGGAGCCUGCAAGCCCGGUCUCUGGCACUCGGCGCUGUCCCGCAUGGGGGCUCUGCUCAGGUUCGCUUGCACAGGACCCGAGGGUCGGCCGCUGGUGCCGCUGCCACCCGUGUUCGAGGGCUGUACGCAGGUCAUCACUGAGGCAGAUCAAUUGGCGGCCCGGGACGCCUACUGGGUGGCGGUUUCGGAGUGCACUGAGACUCACAAGCAUGACGAGGCGCUUAGGCUGCUGAGGACAGCCUGUUGGCAUAACCCGCAUGUGGCAGAGCCCCACGUGCUGCUCGCCCAGAUCUACUGCCAGAGGGGCCAGUGGGUCGACGGACGGAGGCAUGCGGACAGGGCAGUGCGGCUGCUGGGCUGUUGGGGCACGGCCUGGGACAAGAGGAUGUCCUGGGAGGCAUGGAUGGCCAUGGCCAGGGUACUGGCGCACGGGGCGGCUCGGGGGACCUGGCCCACCACACCCUUUGGGAUGCUCAAUUUGGGCCUGGUACCGGAUCUGGAUGAGCCGUACGACGUCACGGAGGACGAGCAGGACAGCGGGAAGGAUUGA